AUGAAGAAGAAUUGGACUACCGAGCAAAGAGAAGAAGCCAGUAUGGACACUCCAUUAGAGUGGUGGACCCUCGAUACUAGCUUCCCUGUCCUUCACAAUUUCGCUGAGAAGAUGCUGAGUAUUCCAACGUCGUCUGCUGCUAGCGAGCGCCUGUGGAGUGUUCAUGGAUUUACACACAGCAAGCGCCGCAAUCGGCUCAAAGUCUCAACAGUAGAAAAGUUGUCGUUCAUCUACAUCAACAACGGCGAUUCACGGCCGACUCGGUCACCUCUGUAUAAAACAUCUCCGGCAACGCCCAAUGUUGCCUUCGACAGUGACAUCGACAGCGAUAGAGAUCCAGACAAUGAAGAUGAUGAUUAUUGCAUGUUCGAUUUGAGCGAGCGCGAGUUUGACUACCUUCUCGACGCGAUCGUUAGUGUCGACAUAUCUCAGUAA